CUCCACAGCACCCCAGCGUUAAAAUUACCGACCCGACCCGACCUGACCAAACCUUUUUUUUAUAUGAAAAGCCUUCUUCGCCUCGCUCUAGCAUUUGGCUUGUUUGCGCAAAGACGGAGACAAGUUGCAGAGAGAGACUGAGACAGCAUCGAAAUCAGUGAUUUAGUAACGUCUAUUGCUCAACCUCCUCUCCUUUUCCUUUCUAUAAAUUCGUUACUUAGAAACGCUCGCCUUUACCUCACCAUUGUACCUGCUGAAACUGUCUCUUUCACCCUCUUUUGUCUUUUCUGAAAGUUGCUGCCGUUCUCUCUCUCUCUCUCUCCAUCUCAGUGUGUCUCAGAGUCCGAUUACAGUUGUGCUUCAAAGCCUUUCUUCAUUUUCCUGGCAAUUUCUCGAAAGUUGACUGGCUGACUAUCGUCAAACAAAGAUCAAAUAUCAAAGCUUUGUUUGCUGAUCCUCUUUACAGAUUCUGACUUCACUCCAUUACUAGCACAAAUUAGCAAAUCCUUUUUCCUACUGCAGUUAAUCUGUGGGUUUGUUCGUGGGUUUUUACUUUUUCCUUGCCAAAAAAAGAACACACACACAUCAAAGCAAUUGUAACUUGUUCGGUGCUUAUUUCCAUUUCCUUUGAUUCCAGAUAGCGCUGAGUUUAAGAAGUUUAGUGAAGAUGUUAGAAAGGAAGAUGGAGAAACUCAACGUUGAUAAGGUGAUCGAAGAAUUUGAAGCAAUGACAAAGGAUACUGAGAGGGUCCAGAUAGAGACCCUGAAGAAGAUUCUGGAAGAGAAUGGAUCAGCUGAGUACUUGCAGAAUCUCGGUCUUAAUGGACGAACUGAUCCACAGAGUUUCAGAGAUUGUGUUCCCAUUAUUACUCACAAGGACAUGGAACCUUAUAUUCAAAGGAUUGCAGAUGGCGAUCGUUCCCCUGUUCUCACCAGAAAGCCCAUAACAACCAUAUCUUUAAGUUCGGGUACUACUCAGGGAAAGCCAAAAUAUCUACCAUUCAAUGACGAAUUAAUGGAAGACACCUUGCAGAUAUAUAGAACUUCUUUUGCGUUUAGAAACAGAGAGUUUCCUGUUGGGAAUGGAAAAGCCUUGCAGUUCAAUUUCAGCAGCAAGCAGUCCAAAACAAAGGGGGGUUUGGCGGCUGGUACUGCCACAACAAAUCUCUUUCGCAAUUCACACUUCAAAAAUGCAGUUCAGACGAUGCAGUUGAAAUGCUGCAGCCCUGAUGAAGUGGUAUUUGGUUCUGACUUUCACCAAUCGUUGUAUUGCCAUCUCUUAUGUGGGUUAAUCUUCCGUGAAGAAAUUCAAUUUGUGUCCUCUACAUUUGCCCAUAGCAUCGUCCUUGCAUUUCGAACCUUCGAACAAGUUUGGGAAGAGCUUUGUGAUAAUAUACGCGAUGGGGUACUCAGCAGCCGGGUCACUGACCCUUCCAUAAGAAAUGCAAUUUCAAAAUUGCUCAAGCCAAACUUUGAAUUGGCUGAGCUGAUCCAUGAAAAAUGCUUGGGAUUGAGCAACUGGUAUGGAUUAAUACCAGAACUUUUUCCUAAUGUAAAGUAUGUCUAUGGGAUAAUGACUGGGUCAAUGGAGCCUUAUUUGAAAAAACUGAGGCACUACUCAGCUGAGAUACCUCUGUUAAGUGGUGAUUAUGGUGCUACAGAAGGGUGGAUAGCAGCAAACGUCAAUCCGAAGUUGCCUCCUGAGUUGGUUACAUUUGCUGUGCUACCUAAUAUUGGAUAUUUUGAAUUCAUUUCACUUGGAGACAAUGUUGAUAAUAUCUACACAGACCCCAAGCCUGUGGGUUUGACUGAAGUCAAAAUUGGAGAAGAGUACGAGAUCAUUGUCACUAAUUUUGCAGGUUUGUACAGGUACAGACUAGGAGAUGUGGUGAAGGUUAUGGGCUUCCAUAACUCAACCCCAGAACUUAAAUUUGUAUGCAGGAGGAGCCUACUACUUACCAUAAACAUUGACAAGAACACUGAGAAAGACUUACAGUUGUCUGUGGAAGAAGCAGCCAAGCUAUUAGCUGGGGAGAAACUUGAACUUGUUGAUUUCAGCAGUCUAGUGGACCUAUCCACAGAGCCUGGCCACUAUGUAAUCUUUUGGGAAAUUAGUGGGGAACCAACCGAGGAGGUCUUAAAAGAGUGUUGCAAUUGCAUGGACCGAUCUUUUCUCGAUGCAGGCUACAUUACUUCGCGCAAGAUCAAUGCCAUUGGACCCCUUGAGCUCAGGGUCGUUCGCAAAGGAACCUUCCAAAAGAUUCUAGAUCAUUAUCUGGGAUUAGGAGCUGCUGUUAGCCAAUUUAAAACCCCGCGGUGCAUCGGCCCCACAAAUAAUGUAGUGUUGCAAAUCCUGAGCAACAAUGUAGCAAAGACCUACCAUAGUUGUGCCUUUUGAGUUAAUAUAUAUAUGUCAAAACUGUUGUUUGAUAAUUGCCUUCAACCUGCUUAGGAAUUAUUAGCUGGUAUAUAGAUGUUACAGUCAGUUGUA